UGUAAGACGCGCGUUUGCGCAUGCGAGAGAAAAGAGCCGCCGCGCGCUCUCGCUGACUCCGCUCGCGCGCUCCGCUUGGCCGGCCUGAGGUGAGAAGGAGCCGCCGCUGAGGCGCAGCCCCCUUAGCCCCGCGAGGACUCGAGGAAGGGCGCCGAGAGCUUUGCCUGCCCACCCGCCUGCCUUGCCAGCGCCACGACGGAGGGAGCGGCCAUGAGCGACCGCGAGCAGCUGCUGCAGCGAGCCCGCCUGGCCGAGCAGGCGGAGAGAUACGACGACAUGGCCGCGGCCAUGAAAGCGGUGACGGAGCUGAAUGAACCUCUUUCAAAUGAAGACAGAAACCUGCUCUCUGUAGCCUAUAAGAAUGUUGUUGGUGCCAGGAGAUCUUCCUGGAGAGUCAUCAGCAGCAUAGAACAGAAAACCAUGACUGAUGGGAAUGAAAAGAAGCUGGAAAAAGUGAAGGCAUACAGGGAGAAGAUUGAGAAGGAGUUGGAGACCGUGUGCAAUGAUGUUCUGGCCCUCCUAGAUAAGUUCUUGAUCAAGAACUGCAGUGACAUUCAAUAUGAGAGCAAGGUCUUUUACCUGAAAAUGAAAGGUGAUUACUACCGCUACUUAGCAGAAGUUGCUACAGGUGAAAAGAAGAACAGUGUUGUGGAAGCAUCAGAAGCUGCCUACAAAGAAGCGUUUGAGAUCAGCAAAGAGCACAUGCAACCCACGCACCCUAUCCGGCUGGGGCUGGCACUCAACUUCUCAGUGUUCUACUAUGAAAUCCAGAAUGCCCCUGAGCAGGCCUGCCUUCUAGCCAAACAAGCCUUUGAUGAUGCCAUAGCUGAGCUGGAUACACUCAAUGAGGAUUCCUACAAGGACUCCACUCUUAUCAUGCAGCUACUUCGAGACAACCUCACUCUCUGGACAAGCGACCAGCAAGAUGAGGAAGCAGGGGAGGGCAACAACUGAAGAGCUUUUCCCCAUCACAGCUUACCAUCAAACCCCCAUCACCAAUACUUCCUUGCCACAAUCACACUAUGUAUCUAGUGCUAAGCAUAUCUGUAUUGUUGGCACAGCUAUGAGGUCUGCCAGAUGCCGCAUCAGACAGCUCUUCAUGUGCAUUGCUGGACUGAAAGGUGUAUCAGCCCCUUUUUACUAUAGUGGCAUAUUGAUUGUGUAGAAGGAAAAUGAGGCAUUUUAGUUUCAUUUGAUUAAUAAUAUAUUGGUUAACAUAAUGGAAAGUGAGGGGAAUUGAUCAGAAAUCUAAACCAUUCCAUUUUCCGUUUGGAAGGAGCGAAUUAUGUGUGUUCAGCAGUAUGCCUUUACAUUCAAAAUAAAUGAAUAUGCUGAUCCUGUCGGCCAGUGGAAACUACCAUAAGAAGGUGUGAACUGAUUUUGUCUUCAUUUUUUAAAAAGUGGUGUUCUGUAAUCUGUGUUUGCCUCUUAACGUUCACAGACUUUGGUUUAAAGCAAUGCAUCUUGAGAGGUUUUGAUAUUUGUAACUUUUUUUUGCAAGUUUGAAAUCAUGAAAUUUUGUUUUGGUAAAUUCUUUGGCUGCUCAGUUGCCUGUGUAUUCUGACAGCUCUGUGUCAAUGUUAGCCCAUAUUAAGAUGGAUCAUGAUGAGAGAUCAGAAUUCUAAAUUAAGUGUGUUGGAAUCAAACAAAAAUAAACUGCUGCUUUGGGGA